AAGUGCGGGGCGAUGGAGACCCAGGUCGCUUUCCCCCGGCUCAGACCAAGGCCCUGCGAGGUUCCCAGCAGCCGCAUCCCCGCGCACCCACCUCUGCCCGGUUUCCUGAGCCCGCGGCAUGAACCGCAAGAAGUUGCAGAAGUUGACGGACACCUUAACGAAAAAUUGCAAGCACUUUAAUAAAUUUGAAGUGAAUUGUCUUAUAAGACUUUACUAUAACUUGGUGGGAGAUAUAACAGAGCGACAAGGCACAGUCAAUGGACUGGAUCGUAAUGCAUUUCGAAACAUCUUGCAUGUGACAUUUGGGAUGACAGAUGACAUGAUUAUGGACAGAGUAUUCCGAGGUUUUGAUAAAGACAAUGAUGGUAAUGUAAGUGUAUCAGAGUGGGUAUACGGAUUAUCACUGUUUCUUCGAGGAACUUUGGAAGAAAAAAUGAAAUAUUGCUUUGAAGUGUUUGAUUUGAAUGGCGAUGGAUUCAUUUCAAAGGAGGAAAUGUUCCACAUGCUGAAGAACAGCCUUCUUAAACAGCCAUCUGAAGAAGACCCUGAUGAAGGAAUCAAAGAUUUGGUUGAAAUAACACUUAAGAAAAUGGAUAAUGAUCAUGAUGGAAAACUGUCCUUUUCAGACUAUGAACAAGCUGUGAGAGAAGAAACUCUUCUACUGGAAGCUUUUGGACCAUGUCUACCUGAUCCAAAGAGCCAAAUGGAAUUUGAAGCCCAUGUAUUUAAAGAUCCAAAUGAAUUCAUUGAUUAAAUGAAUAACUAAUGUCUGUUUUGUAUAAAAAAAAAGGAGGUGUAUAUGUAUUGUAUAUAUAUUUUUUAUACUUAGAAAAAUGAUAUUGAAUGUGUGUUUGGGUGGGGAGUGGUGUCCAUUUACAUAUAUCAUUCAACUUUGGUGUAAGAACCAAGUAAAAGGGAUGUAAGACAAGUUUCUUAUUUGAUGUUGUUGGGUUUGGGUUUAACAUUGCUAGAGGUAUUUUAUACCUUGACAUAUGUUGAAGCACAUAACUAUUGGGAAAGUUUGUAUUAAUGAAAUGAAUAGUGAAAUUAUAUAAUCUUGAAUUAUAGAAGGCAAUUAUUAAGGCAAAUAUUCUUCAUGUCAGAAAAAUGCUAGAUAUAAUAAAAUUAAAAAUCAUAGAAACUACUGAAUGUUUUUGGCGCAGUUAAUAAUUAAGAUGGUAUCUUAAGACACUGGAAUUUAACAUUUAAAUACCGUUCUGGUAGGCACUGAGGGAGAAUUAAAGAGAAGAAAGAAAUGUGUAGCCUAUUUAAUAUGAUCUCUAUUAUUGUUUGAGGCUUUGUUAUUCAACCUGACUAAAUUAUAAGUAUCUGAGGGCUUGGGGUUCUCAUCAUACUCAUCUUUAAAUCUGUCAUAACAGUUGGUACAGUCCUCUGCACAAAACGGCUAUCAAUAAAUACUGUGGGUUGAAAAAUACAAAGUACAACAAGAUAAAUCCAAACUCCUGGCAAGCAGAGGAAGAGGAAAGUGCUGUUUCUUGAGUGUAAUGAACGAUGCAUGGGCACAGCUUUCAGUUUAUUUCUGGAGUCAUCCCAGUUGCCCCCUCCCCCUGCCAUUGCCCUCAGCUGGCAAGCCUGUUCUGGCUUCCUCUCUUUCCUACAUCAGCUCUACUCUGUCCCUGACACUGCCUUGCAUCCUCCCUUAUAAGGAGAUUUGAUUUUCCCUCUGCCCCCUGCCAUCCAGCAGGUUCCUAUGGAAUGAAGCAUGAAAAGACGAGCCUAGUUAUGCUUUUUAAGUUACUGUCUAUCUUUUUAGUAAACAUGCACGAGCAGCAAUUAUAUCUUCUGUCAAUAUGGAAAUAUUUAGAAGCUUCUUGGAUAUUAAAUACCUUUUACUAUAUAAGGUGAAGCAAAAGAUACACUGUAUUAAAAAUGGACAGUUAAAAAUAAGUGGAAUAAGCAAUUCCAAGAAAUAAAGGCAUUUUACUGUCCAAGUAUUUUCUCAAAAUUUUAG